CUCGCAUCCUUUUUCCGGCUCCCUCUUUCUUGUGCGAUGUCCAACCAACCCCUGCAGGAAGGCGAAGUCUCGCCAUAUGGAUCAGGUGACCUGUGGAAUCAUUUGGAGUGGUAGUCAUUCUGCUGAGCAGUCUGCGUCUUCCUCUCCGUCUCGAUGUGCAGUGAUGCGUGGCCCGAGCCGCAGGGCGGCUUUCUGGGGCCCUGAGCCUGAUUAUGACGCCUGGAGUGGCCGCUUCUCUGACAGGGUAUUCGCGUAAGGCCUUCCAUGGUUCGCCCCUACACCUCGAUCUCUUCUCUGUCCUUUCUUCGUGCUGUACAGGUGUUUGAGCCAUCCCCUCUCCUGUCUAGCGGGUGCGGCGGUUUUUUGCCUCGAGGUCCCCUGUCUCUUCAAGGCUUUUGUGCUCCACAAGAGCCGCGCCUUCCACGGCCGUGUUUCCUCGCCAUUCUCGCGGUGGUGACCAUCCUGCAAAUCGGGAUCUUUUUUGCAGUGGUUAUCGCGUAGGCACUCAACAUGGCCCAACGGCUCACGUCAGCAUGUGCUUUUCAAUAUGUGCACACAGGACGGCCACGCACAUGACGCAGUCAUACCCCAAAUGCCUGGGGAAGCUGCUGGCGCACAACCCCACCCCUACCAUCGUCGUUAACUACCCCAUCACCGCAUCGACACCUGAGAUGCUCCAAUGCGAAGUGGACAAGAAGGGCGUGGACGCAACGGAGGACGAAAACUACUGCAAGCACUGGUACGUGCAUGCCAAUCUGGCCUUCGACGGGCAGAAACCGAUAGAUGUCUAUGUCUCUCUCUGUGUGUCUCUGCCUGUGCGUGUCUCCCUCCGUCUGUCUCCACGUGUGAUUGUGGGUGUCUCUCGCUGCGUGGCCACUUUCCUGUCUGUCUGCCUCUCUCAUACGCAGGAGCUUCCAGGUGCUGAAGGGUCAGAAGCGGGUGGCGAACGUGACAGGCACCGGAGAGGCAGAGGUGCCCCACCAAGUGGCCGUCUCCAGAAUGGACGAUCUUUUUGUCUACAUGAUGGGCGUCAUGGUAACGAAGGGCGAGAAUGCGCCCAUUAAUGACUUGCUGUCUCUCCGCGAUAUGUGCAUCCAUGCAGUUCGACGAGUACAAGGCACUGGAGUGGGCGCUUGGCAACGGUCGAGUGUACACGGGCGAAAGUUGGAAGAAGCCAUUUCACAAGCUCGAACCCCUUACUUCGAUUCUGAAGUCUUCGAAAAACCGAGCAGGAGUCGACUCAGCCGCCGUCUGCAAGCAGGAGGUUGCCAAACUGCAAAAGGUACGUACGCUACGGGACAGCGACGCCGGAGAGCUGUUUCCGGGCUGUGUUGGAUAUCAGGACAGCAUGAUGACUACAUACUUGGUGCUGUUGCUUCUGUGUCUACCUUUGACAAUGAUCCUCCACGUGGUCGUCGCCCUAUUCUUCAGGUGAUUCGUCAGCCUAACAAAGCCACAAGGAGACACAUCAGUGAGGCCUGUGUGUGUGUGUCUCCCAGGAAGGCAUUCCGGUACGCAGGCAGCCCGACGGCAGAGAGCCUGACCGAGAUCGACACGUCUCGUCACCGCUGUGUGGUGAUUGUUGAUUGAUUGAUUGCAGUCGGGCGUAUUCGAUGAAGGAGAACUGCUGCGAGGACACCUUGCUUGUGUGCGCCUGCUACCCAUGCACCAUCUGCCAGGAGCUGAGACACACCAUGGUACCUGCAUGACAUUGAGCGAAUGAAUGUAGUGCAGCCACAAUCUGCAGACGACUGUCCUUUGUGCGUGGGUCUGUGUGUGUGUGUGCGCGCGCGCGUGUGUUCAGCGUUCCCAAAAUGAGCUGAACGACAUGGAUCCCAUCAAUCCCUAAGAAUUGGCAAGACAGACACUAGGAGGACUAUGCAUUCGUCUGUGUAACAUUUGGGAACUGAGUGGAAGGAGGAUUGUCAAAC